CCCUAUCGUCCCUAUCGACGCCCACAAGGCGUACAGCCGAACAUGCCAAGGGCUCCCGAAGAUUAUAAUAGGGACCGACAAUGCAUACUUUGCGGGGACUUUUUAUACGACGCCAUGGGCGUGUGGCGUGCCCACUAUCGAGCCCUCUAUCAGACCUCCGGCUCCGUUGAACUGAGUGGGAUUGGCUACAAGGAGAGUCCUGGGCCCCUCAAGAUCCCCACAGACCCCGACAAGAGAUGGGACACCAUGGGGGACGAUUUCUGCACAAUGUCUGAACUCCCAUGUUGGCCACGGAAUCUUUUCCUAUUACAUGAGGUAUGCUGGCAGAGGUUGAUGGAGCAUAUCGCAGAGGACAAUGUGGAUUACAGUGACCUCUACGAUGUGUUCAAAAGACUUCCAUUUCCAGCUGGACGUGGUGUUUCGUCGUACUUCGAUUACAUGGAAGGGAUCGAGCCGUAUCAGGCACCUCUCCUUAUACAACUUUUACUAUCCACGCGAGAGCAGCCUAGAUGCGCAGCUGAAUUACAAAACAAGCUUAACCGAAGCUACAAUGCAACUGACUGCUUUAGACAGCUCCCUAUUGAGCUGAUCGAGUUACUUGCGGGCUAUCUUUCUACGCGGGAUUACCUCAACAGCCGGCUUGCCUCACGAUCCAUGGGCAUGCUCUUUCAUAAACAAGGAUUCUGGAAAACAAAAUUUGAUAUCAACGGAGAACGUGGGUUUUUGAAUUAUCUUGUGAAGGAGCAUCAAAAUCUGGAUUUUGAUGAUUGGCGACUGCUAUAUCACAGCACGUGUACUCUGCGAUGCAGUCGGUUUUUCGACAUAACGAUCCGCCUUUGGGAGACCAACCGAUGGAUCAGAGAAGCAGUAAUACGCAAGUCCAGAGGCACAUUAUCCGCAUCAUCAUUUAUGGACUUUGGUGGACGUGCAUUGCAGUCUUAUCAUAAUACCAUGUGGCCGGAGACCAAGUAUCGACAAACCGUCAAGAUUCCACCAGAUCUUGUAAAGAUCGGGGUUUCGGCCCUUACCGAGUGGGGCGAGCAGGCGGUUACCAUCCGAGGCCUUGAGUUGAUUCGAGCCAGUGGGCCGAGCAUACUUCUGGGAGCAAAGAUUCCCGGGUCGUUGGUGAUUGUUGAAGAAGUAGAUGACCACGGUGGUGGCCGACCUGAUUGGACUGAGGACCACACUUGGUACCGCUGCUGCCCGGGAACUGAGGUGAUAUUAGACGCGCAAGAACUCCGGGGCUUCAUGAUCACCAACACCGUAGCUGGGCGACUUACCCAUUUGCAAUUGAUCCGACAGAACGGUUUCUCGAAGCCUGUUGGCUUCUGUUAUCUCAAUGGCGCUAGUUAUGCAUUUCAGAUGGACGAUAUCGUCAACUUGGUGGUGGAGUUUGACGUGAAUAUGAACCUAAGACAAUUGGGCAUUCAGGGCUUUGGUAGUAAUCAAAAGGCAAGGGAUUGGGAUAGGGAUGGCUAUUACAAAAUCACCCGUGAUGAUGAUGAUGAUGAUGAUGAUGAUGAUGAUGAUGAUGAUGAUGAUGAUGAUGAGGACUGACCCAAUUCAUGGGAUAUGCUGUUGUCCUCAAUAGUGCUCAAUAGCAGACUACUUUGAUCAAGAGAAUAGGAUCCACCAACACAAGUCAAAUGCUAACAAUACAC